UGACGCUCGUCUGUUGUUUACUGAUUCUUUCCUUUAGCUUCAGUCAGAUUUCUUCACCGACUUUUAAAACCUUUACACAUUAUCUCAACAUGGGAUGCGACGGAGGAACCAUUCCUAAACGACACGAACUUGUUAAAGGACCGAAAAAGGUGGAAAAGGUUGAUAAAAAUGCAGAACUUGCUGCCAAAUGGAAAUAUUGUGCUUUGAGUCAGGAGAGGUUAAAACGACCCAUUGUUGCCUGUGAGCUGGGCAGACUGUUUAAUAAAGACACGAUCAUCGAGUAUCUGCUGGACAAAUCUGCAGAGAGACCAAACACUGAGGUUGUGGCUCACAUCCGUGGCAUCAAGGAUAUAAAGGAGCUGCAUCUCACUGAUAAUCCAGCGUGGGAGGGAGAGAAACGGAACAUUAAGGGGGAUUGUUAUGAAGACAUGCACUGCACCAUGUUCAUCUGUCCUGUCGUGGGUCUGGAGAUGAACGGAAAGCACAAGUUUUAUUACUUGCGGACGUGUGGAUGUGUUUUCUCAGACCGAGCGCUCAAAGAGGUUAAGACUGAGAUCUGUCACAAGUGUGGGGAUCCAUUCAAAGAAGACGACCUUGUGGUGCUGAACGGAUCUAAAGAGGAUAUGGAGAAGCUGCAGAAAGAUAUGGAGGAGCGCAGGUCAAAGGCCAAAUCUGCCAAGAAAUCAAAGAAAAGCAAAGACGCAAAGGCCCCGAAGCCGGAUGAUGUGAAAGGAAACUCUGAUCUCCAGAAAAGCUCUUCCGAGUCUAAACCUGCACUGAAUGUAGAGAGCACCAGUGAAAAACCUACUGACGCAGCCUCCUCAGGCCCCUCGGGUGAGAGCUCGAAGGCCAUGAAGACCCCGGCGGAGCCCGCCACGGGCAGCAAGAGGUCCAUUCAAGAAAUGACGGAUAAAUCUGAGAUUUACAAAUCACUCUUCACCUCCCACAGCACUGCCAAACGCACCAAAGAUCAGCUGUCUAACUGGGUCACACACACGCCAUAUCACUUCUGAGCACAUCAUUUAAAGAACACCUCACUGUGUGGAGCAGUCAGAGCGCUCUCUAGUGGUCGGCUUGUGGCUGAGCAACAAAUGCAUCAAUAUAUUGUUUCUUUUUAUUUUGUAGUUUAAUUCUGUUUAUUUGUUUUUAAUCUAAUAUCAUCAUAAAAGUUUUGUUGCCCGCUUAUAUUCCUGUUAGUGACAUCUGGCAAAAAAUCAAUAAGAAGUCUUUUCUCGCAUUAUGAAUGUUUCUUGCAGUUGUUGUUGCCCACAUUUUAAAACUAUAUUAGAUUCUCAUGUUUAAGUGUUUGGGCAACAAUAUCUAAGUAUUUGAUAUUCAUGGUUAAAUUCAGGAUUAGAAAUUGUGUUUUAUGCCUGCACAAAUUAUCAGUGACUUUUCUGUAUAGUUGUUUUAAGAAAAGAUUCAAACUGACCCGCGUACAUUUGAGCACAAGGUGGCAGUAGAGGUCUAUAGGUAAAACAUUGAGACCGUUCAAUCUAUGGUAGAUAUGUACUUCUUUCCUUUUGCAUUUUUUUCCUGAUGUUAUGAUUGAUGGACAUCUGACAGUUUGAGAAAUAAUAAAAUCCCAUGCUUCAGA